AUGUUGAAUUAGCUAAGCUCAACUGAUUCACUAUGGAAUCCACUUGUAGUAAAAGUAGCAACAGAUAUAGAUUUAGUAUUUGUUUCUUUAGGAUUUAGAGGAAUCACAAUAAUUAAUGAAAAAGGAGAUUAGAUACUGCAUACUUAGGAUAUUGGUAAUAAUUAUGUGUAGUCUUUUGAAUCUACUUCGGAUGGCCAAUACCUUUUCGUUGUGGCUUCAUAAAAUCUAUUGGUUUAUCAAUUAUAUUUUAAAACAAAUAACUCCACUAAUUUUGAAAUGUAGAAGUUUGUUUAAUUGUAAAAUAUAACAUUUUAGAAAAAUAUUUUAGUAACUAGUUAUAACUAGCAAAAAGAAUUGUUAAUAAUAGCAGCAAAAGGCGGUGAUAUAUUUAUUUACGAUACUUCUAUUAAAAAUAUGCUAUCUCUAAUUUCGACUUUUAAUACAGGUUCUGUUUUGAUUAAUAAUAUGUUUCUUUCAUAGGAUGCAAAAUGGCUUUAUGUAGCAAGAGAUGUGAAAGGUUUGUAUAUGCUUAAUUUAUAAGAAUAAUUUGCAUCAAAUUAAAAUGGAAGAAAAAUAAAUAUUUUAAUUGCUGCCUAAGGAACUAUUGGAUUGAGUACAUAUUAAGCUAUUGCUACAAGAGACAAUACUUUUAUUUAUGCUAUUGAUUUCUGGUAUGGAUUUUUUUACUCAAGUUCUUCUCAAAUAGUUAACAGUAAUUCAACUCAAUACCCAAUAUAACUAUCUUUCACUGAGUUUUGGCCCUUUUAAGACUUGUAGAGUGUAUGUCAAGAGAUGAUUAUGAAUAAGGAUGAAACUUUUAUUUUCUUAGGAGUUAGGUCUCAAGGAAUUCUUAUUUUAGAUAUCAGAUAGAGAGACCAAAUUCAAGCUUUUGAAUUAAUAAGGUCAGACACUUUCUUUAUUUCAAUAAAACUCUCAAAAACAGAAAAUUAUUUAUAUUUUACUAACUCAGAUAGUAUUUUUACAUUCACUUAAGAUGAACCAAAUUUAAAUUAAGAUUUACCAAAUUUAUUUAACACCCAUUAAAUUAAGUAUCAACAUUUUCUUGAAACAGUCUAUAAGCGGAGAUGCUAUGUAGAUCCUGACGAUCAAUACCUAGUCGGGGGAUUUGAUCUAGCAGGUUUGUAUGUAUUUCCUUUUAACCAAGACCCUUAUAGUUUGGACGUUAAUAAUUUCAAAAAUUAUAAUAUUCCAGUCUCCACAAUGUAUUUCGAAAAAUCAAACAAAUACUUAGUUAUACCUAGUUACUUUUCAGAGUAAAGUAUUGAAGUAUUUUAAUAUAAUCCAUUAAAUAAUAAUCCUGAAGAGAAAAAUAUUUCUCUUUUCAAUAUGAAACUUUUAAAAGACUACAAAAUCGAAGAUUUCUAAGUCUCAGAAAUGAUAGUUUUUAGUGCUGAUACAAAAUUUGCUGUACAAACUUACAUGAUUGGUUUGAUUAUUUAUGACUCAGCAAAUAUAUUUAACUUAACCAUGCUAUCUAGAUGGUAGAAUAAGGAUUUUAUGAAAGGAGAGAAUCAAGGGGCUUGCUUCACUAGAGACAAUAAUUGGAUAUAUAGCACUAUAAGACUGUUUGGAGUGUAUCUUUUAAAUGUUCAUGAUAAGGCAAAUCCUAUUCUAACUGAUUAUAUCAUAACUCAUGGCGGUGAAAAUGUUAUAAUGUCUUAAAUAUUUGAUACAUAUUUAUACUUAUUAGAUGGUUUUAAAGGAUUUGGAAUCAUUGAUUCAAGUUAUGCACCUUAAUUACGAAUAAUUUCAAGAGUUUAACUACCAGGAUAUAGUGCAGAUGCUCUGCUUAUAAAUGAAGAAAAAUUUAUUCUAAUAACAUCUAUGGGAAAAGGAUUUUUAACUUUGAUAGACAUAAGAAAUAAAAAUUUCCCACAAAUAGUUAACAGUAUUUCUUAUGAAAAUCAAUACGGUUAUGCAUUAUGCUCACCAAAAUCCAGUUAAUAUAUAUUUAUAACAACUUCUGCUGGAAUUAUUGUACUUCCAACCCAUAGCUAAAUUUAAAUUCAUACUCAUGUAAGUUUAGUUUAGUAAAAUUAAAUUACAGGGUAAUAAAUCCUUAGCUAACUCUAAAAACAAGCUUUAUCAUUUAAUUAAGAUAACUCUAGUGAAAAUUUAGAAUUCGUCUUUACAGUAGGCUAAUAAAUUCAGUUUAAUUUUGCUAUCCUCUAUCUUAUUGACCAAAAUAUAAAAGUUAAUAAUAUUUAUUAUUAUUAACAAGGAGAAAAUCUGCCUAUUCCUUAAUUUUUCUCCUUUGAUAUAUAUUCGCAAUCCUUACAAUUUUUUGUAGAUAAAAGUUUAGUUUAUGACAAUAUAAAUUAACUAAACCUAAAUAUCAUUCUUCUUUAAACUUUAAUUCCUCUGAAUUCUUAAUCAUUUAUUUAAUUUUCAAACUAAACUGAUUUUAGUGUGAUAAAUAUCACUUAAUCUUAAAUGAUUUACUAAUAUCUCUAAGAAUAAAAUAUUUUAGACACUAAUGGAAUUAUUAAUAACUAAUUUGACUUUACUUAACCUUUCCAGCUAGAUUUAUAAUUUUAGAGCAAGUUGAUUGAUCCAUCAAGUAUAUAAGAAGAUAAUUAUACAAUAGUCAUCCAAUAAAUAACUUGGAUAAUUAAAUUAGCAUUAAUGAGAUCUUUUUACAUAAAUCCAAUCAAAUUUUAUGUUCAAACUUCUCUGUCCUUUGACAACUAAAAUAUAAAUUAAUUUAUAACGUCUAAUACUCAAAACAUAAUUUCUCUAACUCUAUCUGUAAAUAGUACUGAUGGUAAAUUAAUUUUUAAAACCAAUCCCAGUGUUGUAUUUUAACUUUCUGAUUUAUAAGAUUAAUUAAUAAUCUAAGGAAGCUUAGAAAAUGUAAAUAAAGUAUUGUAUAAUAAAAUAAUAUUUGCUAAUUAGACUUAAAUCACUUCAAAAAGCUCUCCAAAAGUAACUCUGACAAUUUAAGAUGAUAUAAAUUAUCCUCUCAUAAAAUAAUUUAAUAUUUAUGAGAGCUAAUUUAUUAUUCUAAAAAAGUAAUUAUAAGUCAACAGUGAGAACAAUCUUCAAAUAUAAAUUAACAAGUAAUUUCCAGGAGGUGUUAUUUAUAUUGAAUCUGAGAUAGCCUUCUCUUUCUCAAAAGAUUCUUUUAUUGUCUCAGAUACUUAGGAUUUAACUUACUAAUAUCUUUAUCUUUAAUCACCAAAUAAUUAUAAUUUGAUACCUCCAAAUUUUUGGUUGUAGGAAUCUGGUAAUAGCGAUAUGUCAUUUAAAGGCUCAACUACUUCUAGCAUGUUUUAAAAAUCUUAUAGUUUCAAAAUUAUUGCCUCAGAUGGAUAUACCUAUGCUGAAGACCUAUUUGUUUUGGAAGUCAGUGGGAUUCCUCUAAUUUACUUGCUGAAUCUACUACUCAAAAUAAUUGGCCCUAUUGUUUUUUUAAUCGGUCUAAUUUAGUAAAGAAGUGUAUUCUUAAAUUCAAUUUUCAGGAAAAGAGUAACUUUUCCUGAAGAGGUGGCUGUUUGUAAUGAAUUUUAUAUGAAGCAAAUCAUAAUUCAAGGAAAUAAUUAAAAAUACUCAUAAAUUAUUCUGAUUUAGCUAUUCAAUAAAGUAUUUUAAGAGAAAAAAUUAGAGAGGCUAUAAAACUCGCAAUAAAGAAACUCAUUUACUUUAAAUUAUUUUUAUUAAAAAAUUUAAAACAAAUAAAAUAAAUUAGAUUAUCAAAAUAAACAAUUUUAAGUUCUUAUUACAAGAAAUAUUAAUCUAAAGUAAACGAAAUUAUUGAAAUAAAUUUAGGAUUUAAAGUAACUGAAGCCUCAUGACUAGCCCUUUCUAAUUGAAAAAAAGUAUAUGGACAGUAAAGGAAAUAUAAUGAUGUCUCUCGUCAUAAAAGAUAUUCUAAAUUAUGACAUUAAAAUAAAAUAAUUAGACAAACAAAAUUUUGAAAAUGAUAUUUAGAAUAUAGAUUCUAAAAUUUAUAGAGCAUUAAGGGCUUAGAUUUCUAGAUAUUUUUUAAACUUAGAUUAUAGAUCAUUCAUAGUUUAUAGCUACAUAAAAUAUUUUUGCAAUAAGGAAAUUCAAAAUUGUCAAAAUAACUGGUUUAAAGCUAUAGUAAAAAUAGACUACUAAUUAGACAAUGUACUUAAAUAAAGCUAUUAAUACUAGAAGCAAUCAAAAGUAUUUCCAAAGCUGGAGUUAAAAUAUAAUGUACUAUUGGAAAUACUAUAAUUCUUGAAAUUAUUUCCUUAGUAGUUAAAUAUAAUUCCUGAUUCUUUUGAGUAAUUUAUUGAGCUUUGCAUAGAACAUCAAGCAAAAAUCAAUUUAUACUUAAUUAGAGAAGUCAUAUUUGCUGAUACUUAUGGAUUUUGUGGAGAAAAAACUUCUAAGUUAAAAGUAGCUUUUGGUUAAUCAUUGCAUAUUGAUUCACAAAAAAUUAAAUAAAUCAUUGCAUGUAAAAAAAGGAAGAUAAAUAAAUGGUUUAGGCCUAUUUACAAGCUUUUAAAUUUAGAGUAUGCUUAGUAUGGUAUUUCUAAAAAUAUGAGAUUGCCUACUUGGCUUUAUUUAGAUUAAAAAAAUGGAGUGAUUAUUUUGCAUGGAAUACCUGUAUAAGAUGAUAUAGAAGAAAUACUCAUAAGAAUUUUAGAUAACACAGGAUAUAUAAUUUAAUAAUACAUGCUAAAAAUAGUAAAAAAUUUAAAUAUAAAUUAAUAAAAUAAUGAUAUUGAUUAAAUUUACUAAGUAGCUGAUGAGACGAACUAUUAAAAUAAUAGCAAUUAAUCAUUUAAAUAAUAUAAUUAAGAAAUAAAUAUAUUGUAAACAAAUAACGCAAAUAAAAUUCCAUCAAUGAUUAAGAGGUAUUCUGAGGAAUAGCCAAUAUAAAUUAAACAUGAAUUUUCUCAAAUUUGCCUAUCUACAUAACUAUCCCCUACUAGUAAAAUGAGUGAUUAUAAUUUUAAAGUUAAAAAAAAUUCUAAAAACGCUGAUAACUAAAAUAUAGAGUUAAUUUCUUUGAAUGAAGAUCAAAACACUAUGAACAAUUUUUUCAAUAAUAAUAAAUAGGACCUCACAUUCAGCCAAUAGCUUUAAUUUCCAAAAUUUCUAUAAAAUAGGAAUCACUUAGAAAAAGAAUUAACUCAUUCUUCAGAAUACAAAUAUUAAAUUCAAGAGAAAAAUUAAAUAUUAGAUGAAAUUAUAGAAUGA